AUGUGGAAUUUUAAGCCAAGAAGACAACCUCAGACUUCAGACCCUGAAGCAGAAGCACAGGACUCUACCUUGGAAUCUCCUGUGGAAUGUCAAGGAACGGUGCAUACAAACGCGCUGGCGGGAGGAUUGGGUGCUGCUAUUUGGGGAUCCCAGCUCCAAUGGCCCCAGGAGAUGGAGAAGAACUACUACUGCUUGGAUGAGGAAGAGGAGGGGGAUGGAGAGGGAGAGCAGAAGGGACUUCCUUCAAUGUUCCCAUUCAGUCCUGCUUUUCCUUCUGGAGCUGGUGCUGCGUCUUCCUCCUCUGUGCUCAAUAUCAACGUUGGUGGCCAAAGCUAUCGCCUGACCUACCAGGCAGUGGCCAUCUAUCCAACCACUCGGCUGGGCCGCUUGGCCACUUCCACAGACCGGCGUCGCCAGCUAGGCCUGUGUGACGACUAUGCAGCACAGGGUGAUGAGUAUUUUUUUGAUCGCGACCCGGCCGUCUUCCAGCUGGUCUACAACUUCUAUGCUUCGGGAGUGUUGCGGGUGCGGGAUGAGCUGUGCCCCCGAAGCUUCCUGGAAGAGCUGAGUUACUGGGGGGUCCGGCUCAAAUACACACCCCGAUGCUGCCGCAUCUGCUUUGAGGAGAGGCGUGAUGAGCUGAACGAGCAGCUGAAGGUGCAACAGGAGCUCCGUGCCCAGGCCGCGGUCCAGGAGAGCAGGCAUCUCUUCCACCACAUGCGCUAUGCGGCCCAACGUUGGCGCCUCUGGAAUCUCAUGGAGAAGCCUUUCUCCUCAACCACAGCGAAGGCCAUGGGGGUGGCCUCCAGCUUUUUUGUCCUCAUCUCAGUGGUAGCGUUGGCUCUCAACACCGUGGAGGAGAUGCAGCACAGGGACAAAGCCAGUGGAGAGAUGAGGCCCAUGCUGGAGCACGUGGAGACCUUCUGCAUUGCCUUCUUCACCCUGGAAUAUGUUCUGCGGUUGGUGUCCACCCCGGAUGUGCGUCAUUUUGUUAGCAGCGCCCUCAAUGCUGUGGACCUCAUUGCAAUCUUGCCCCUCUACCUCCAGCUCCUGUUGGAACAUUUUGUGGAUGAGGACCAGCCCCGUGGACAAGGUUCCCAGCACGAACAUGAAAUUGAGAAAGUGGGGCGAGUGGGAAAGGUAGGGCAGGUGCUACGCAUCAUGCGCCUCAUGCGCAUUUUCCGCAUCCUCAAGUUGGCCCGCCAUUCUACGGGGCUGAGAGCCUUUGGCUUCACUUUGCGCCAGUGCUACCAGCAGGUGGGCUGCCUCUUGCUCUUCAUUGCCCUGGGCAUCUUUGCCUUCUCUGCUAUGGUUUACACUGUAGAGCAUGAUGUUUCCAGCACCAACUUCACCAGCAUCCCCCAUGCCUGGUGGUGGGCUGCCGUAAGCAUUUCUACCGUGGGAUAUGGGGACAUGUGUCCGGAAACUCACCUUGGACGACUGUUUGCUUUCCUCUGCAUCGCUUUUGGAAUAAUUCUGAAUGGAAUGCCCAUCUCUGUCCUCUACAAUAAAUUCUCAGACUAUUACAUCAAGCUGAAAGCAUAUGAGUAUACAGCUAUUCGGAAGGACAGAGGGAAAGUGAAUUUUACACGACGAGCCAUGAAGAAGAUGUCUGAGCGCUGUGGAAACAGGCCGUCCCGAUUACCAAGGCACAGAUACAAUUAG